AUGAAGACCUCGACCUCCGUCCUCACUACUUUCGCUCUACUUGUAGUAGCAUCAUUCAGCUUUCCUGGAACACUCGCCGAGCAAUCUUUUGUGUCGCGUGAUAGCGACACUCCGCUGCACACUCUCCAGCCUGCGAGCGAUGAGAAGGCAUCCUGGGCACCACUACGCGCUCUUAGAGUGAAAGGACAUCAGGAUAUGGGCAAGCCGAAGGACUCAACCCACCUUGAUGCCAACAACAAUGUAAAGCACGACCACCCCCGAGCUCUAGGCCAAGUCCCAGUAGCGACACCUGCUUCAACUACCACGGGCAACACGUUAGUCACCCAAGCUCCCAUCAAACUGGAGCCCACACCUAUGAAAGCGACUACUGCUUUAAACAAGCCGAAGACUAAGGAGCCGUCCCCCAAGCGGGCACCUCCACUAGCUACAAAGCCAACGCCUAAGCAACAGUCGAAGGCGACUCCAGCGGCUAAGAAGACGACCUCAGCACCGACCAAACCUAAUUCGAAGGUGACUCCUGAUCAGACCAAGCAGACGACGAAGUCAGCCGCUCCUACUGCUUUGACGAAUUCUGGAGCUGUUCAGCAAAAGACCCGCAGCUUACGUGAUGGUCAACUUAACCAGUUUUAACACCAGCAACAAUCUCCUCCUGGUCACAAGAGUGGAACCCCAAAGAACGGCAACAAGCACAUCUAAAUCUCACUUUCACUCUCACUCACAACUAUAGGUCAACGACUACCGACACAUUGGAAUGGCGAUAGUAAACGCGGACGGUAGUUGGUCGUUUCUAACCUUUUAACUUUUUAAAUCAUAAAUUUAGCGUUUUCUAAAUGUCUAAA